AGUAAAGCGACGUAGCAAUUAACCCAAAUAAUCUCGUCGUGCAACAGCUUUAGAUAUUUCACUUCCUCUAAACCCGGACACGGGCCACAAACCAGACGUUCUCGGAAAACAGGACGCGCAUGUCAGCAGAUUAAUUGCGUGUUCAAAGCACAGUUUGAGCGACUGGUAAGUAACAGAUAAACAGAUGAAGUGAAUGCUCCCUGGAUUUUGUUUUUCAAAAUUUUUGAGGAGCCGACUGUUAAGUUUUACUCUGUGCAGCUAAUCUAUAAGCGUUGGCGAAAUUUUAAUAGACAAAACCUGGAGCAUUGGUUUCAUUUUGAAAAUGAAUACGUUGUCCAUCUUGCUACUUUUGGCUGGUUUAACUCAGCACGCGUUCGCGGAUUUUAAAUUGACUAAACCUGAAGAACCCGAUAAAACAGUCGUUUUCAUAGGAACACGAGCUGUCCAUGACGGCCGACACAUAAUAAAAUACACCCAAGGCAGGCAGGUGCGGCCGGGGACAUGGUCCCAAGUGAGAAAGGACAACGUCCAGGAAGGCGGCACCUCUUUCUUCAAAGCCUACAGGCAGCCAUACCCUUCAGACUCCUAUUUAGAAGGUACAGAGCUAAAAAAAGUGGGUGGGUUUGAGAAGCGUAUCAAUGUGUGUCGAGGCCACGACUACUUCCAAGGCUCACGCACGUGGAUUCUGACGCCAAAAUCAUGUUCAGAAUACGGGCAGGAUAGGUGGGUGGAGGAGUUUUAUUUUUACGUCGCCUCAGAAAGGAAACCAGGGACCGCUCUUCACCGCUACGGUGUCUGUCAGACCAAAAAUGGAGGAAUAUACGGAAGAAUUGUAGCACGGGGAUCUACUGUGAGCAUCUGUCACGGUCCUGACGUCGUUAAAGAGGAGGGCAACUUCUACACCUACCCAGGAAGGCUGUUCUGUCCACUUCUUGACGCGCCCUCUAACGGCUUUCAGACCAGUUCCGAGGUCAGAGAUUACGGCGUGGGCGCGGUUACGUUUGCGUGCAACAUUGGCCAUCAGUUGUUGGGGAACUCUGUAAUACAGUGUGAAGAUAAUGGGAACUGGGCAGGGCAAAUGCCCACUUGCAAAGCAAUCUCCUGUGGUCGUCCCAGCUCACCCAACCAUGGUUCCUUUACGGGAGAUGAUUUCACAUAUCGCAAAGUUGUGCGAUACAGCUGUGAUGAGGGUUACCAAUUGACCACCUCUUCUCCAAAAACAAGACAGUGCUUGGAUACAGGGAGCUGGAGUGAGGGAGAGCCGAUAUGUGAACGUAUUGAAUGUAAUGUUCCAAAUGUCCAAAAUGGCAACGUUGAAGGCGGGACUAGGUUCUUCUAUGGCGACACCAUUUCAUUCGUUUGUUUCCCGAGAUAUACUCUAAAGGGUGCCGCCAGUGCUACGUGUACCAAGGAUGCCACUUUCAGUGAUCCUAUUCCAACUUGUGAAAGGAAACGAUGCCCCAACCUAUCGCAUCCCACAAACGGAAUCAUGACUAGUUCCCGUGAUUUCGUGACCGAAUCCGAGGUGAUUUUCGUAUGCCACGAGGGUUACCGUCUGAAUGGGGAGGAAGUCGUGAAAUGUGAAGAGAAAGGUGAAACAGGUGUAUGGUCUGCACCCGCACCGACAUGUGGACAGAUAACCUGCCCUUCCCCAGUGGAUCCUGCACAUGGAAGUGUACUGGGGACGGAUUUCACAUAUAACAGUGCUGUCAGCUUUAUGUGUGACCCUGGCUUUCAAAUCAACGGAACCGACCGCCUUGUCUGUCAGAAAGAUGGGUGGGACUCCGAACCCCCCACUUGCGAAGCCAUCUCUUGCCGAACCCUACCAGUCCCUGCUAACGGCAAUGUCAUGUUCACCACCAGAACUUAUGGUGGCAACGCCCAGUUCAGCUGUAAUGCCGGAUACAGACUUGAUGGAAAAAGCAAUCUAUUUUGUUUAGAAACAGGAGAAUGGAACGCUCAUCCCCCUCGAUGCGAACCAAAAAAAUGUCCGCCUCUCCAUCCACUGGCUCACGGCUCCAGAGAUGGCGACUCAUUAAGUUACCCCAGCACUAUAAACUUCACCUGUUUUCCUGGAUACGAACUUGUUGGCUCAGCCAACACAAGCUGUGGAGAAGACGGCACCUGGAGUAACCCUGUCCCUACGUGCCGUGCCUGCGCCAUCGGGUUCUAUAAAGAUUCAUUAGGGCCUGGGCAGUGUACACAGUGCCCGGAACAUUCCUCUACAGCUUCUACGGCAAGCGCUAACAAGGAGCACUGUCAGUGCGUAUCCGGAGCUACGCGUGUCGAGUCCGGUGAUUGUAAAGUCAUAACAUGUGAACCACUCACUGCCCCGGUCAAUGGCAGCGGUCGAUGUCCAGGGACAGGUUAUAAUGACCAGUGCGUAUUCAACUGUGAUGCUGGGUUUAUCCGCCAGGGUUCACACAGUCGCAAAUGCACUGCCGAUGGCUGGACGGGAAACCCAACUACUUGCACAGCCUGCCCAAUGAACACGUAUAAAGAAUUCGAAGGUAUUAACACGUGUACGCCUUGUCCACUUAACACACACACCAAUGGUCUGUUGGGAACAUCGCUCCAGUCCUGUGUGUGUAAACCUGGUUACCGUCGAGACAGUUUCACUUGUGUAGACAUAGACGAAUGUGCUGUCAACAAUGGUAAUUGUGACCAGAGAUGUGAAAACUUGCCCGGCAGACACAUGUGUAGCUGUACCAUUCCCGGAUACGUGUUGGAUAACGACGGCAAAACAUGUACACUUAACAAAACGUGCCAGUCAUUGACGGAUGAUAUGCCUGCAAACGGCUUCCUUGAGUGCAAGCACUCGGACCGAGAGAAUUCCGACAUUUGCCACGUGAAAUGCAACCGGGGUUAUUUCUUCGUGUCCGGGAUCAACAAUUACGUGACUUGUGGCACAGACACCGACUUUAUCUGGUCUCACCGUGUCAUUAACAACACCGCUAGGAUACCCCCUUGCACUCGUGAGUUUUUCGUUGAUACCAAGCUUCCAGUGACCGUAACUUUCAAAACCAAAGACAACUGCAACAAUAUCGAGUUGCAUCUUACCGCUCAGCAGCUUCAGCAAAAAAUACAGGAAAAAGUCAACAACCUCAACAUUUGCAGAAAAUCGUGUGAGGUCCAAGACGUCAGUACAAGAUGCGACCAAAGCCAAGGCAACAGCGAGGUGGUUGUGACCGUCAACUUUGGCGUGCUUAUCAAGAACCCAGAUGAGAACGUUCCGUUGGACUGCGACACGCCGUGUAAACGGCUUAAUAUGCGACAGAUGUUAAAAGAAACAUUCCAGUUGAAGCAAGCUCUCGAAGGAUUGUUUAAAACACAGACCACGUCGAUUGAUUAUGCAGAGGCCCGGCCCUCCCUUGAUAGCCAAGGUUUCAGCUACCAGAAACCACAGAUACUGUGUGACCCGGGGAAGGUGUUGACAUCAAACAGACUAUGUGUGCCCUGUUCCGCUGGAUAUUAUCUACCGGAUCGAGAGCUAAGGACCUGCCUCCCAUGCCCUGUUGGGACCUACCAGACCCUGGAAGGGCAGACAUCUUGCAACCCUUGUUUGGAAGACACGACCACGGCCGGGGAAGGCUCCUCGCACCCGGUUAUGUGCAACGUAGUCGUACGGAAAAUAUUUCGCAAGAAAUAGUACCACUUUGUGACAUUGAAAUUGAUGUAGCGCGUAUGCGCACUUCUGACAUGUAUUGCAUUUUUUCGGUUUGCGCUUCUGAUCAAAAUUAUGAUUUGAUUAUGUGAACAUGACACUUGAUACGAUAUCCUGUCUUGAAUCACAGUCAUUCUCUGGUUUAAAAUAGACAACCCGGAAAAUGCUAUAAAUAAAUACUUCAUCUGAGAUGUCAAUCGUGAAUAACAGUAACGGGUCUUUGUUUUUUUUUCUAAAUUAAAAGGGUUAUUGUUCGAUCAAUAGAGCAAUUGCUUCUGGAUUCAGUGAAGAAAGGUUUUUUGCAUGCAGUGGCCACGAGAAGACGUCCGCGAUGCAAAUGCCCCACGCAACAUGCAUUCAACGUAUUCCCUUCACAUCAAGAUUUUAGAUGUAAAAUUGAGAUUUUUUAAAUACUGUUUAUCGAUUACUUUUUUGUUUUCAGCGAAAAUUGGCAUAUUUUCGACUUUUAAUAAAUUAGCACAAUGUUCCAUUGUUUUGGUAUUCAGAGCUUAAUAAAUGUAUUAUUAUAAAGUUU